GUAUAGUUGAUCUGGAAUAUAACAACAAGAGUAAGGGUAAAUUAAUCGCAUAACAAUAAUAGUAAAGAAGACAAUAUGGUGUAAGAGGAAGAAAGUAGGUUCGAUUUUUAUUAAAAACACAAGGUGUGUUACAGUGAAGGAGAAAAACAAACAGAUUUGUUUACAUUACAUUUGGCGCAUAUAUACUUGUCAUACAUCAAAUAAGAUAGCUAAUGAAAAAGCCACUACUACUAAUUUGAGUGUUAUAAUUCUGAUUAGAAUAAGCAAUAUUUUGUGUUUGUCAUUAGUGAAUAGAUCACAAAGAAGAAAAAGAAUUGUGCACAAUAGUACAUUAAAUCAAUUUCUUUUAAUUAGGUAUCUCGGACUGGAACAUUGUACUGGCAAUAAGCAUGAAUAAUAAUGUUACGGUUUAAUCAAAUAUAAUUAUGUGAUCAUUUAACAUUUUAAAAAAAUUAAUGUUACGUACAUAAAUAAAACGCAAUUUGGUCCAUAUAUGUUUUAGAUAGAAAGAUCUUUUACCGAAUGUAUUUGUAAAAAAAAAAUCAUUUGACUAAAGACAUAAGAAAGAACGUGAUAGAAAGAGGAAAACAAUUAAUAAUUUCACCAGCCAUUACCAUCAUUGACAUUGUUGUCAUGACUGUCACACCACAGUUAGCAGGAAUGAUAGCUAACGAUACAUGGAAGAUGACAAAAGCAAGCGAAACUAAAGAACAGGAAGAUGCAAUCACCAAUAAUAAUAAUAAUAAUAAUAAUAAUAAUAAUAAUAAUAAUAAUAAUAAUAAUAAUAAUAAUAUGAGAUCAUUUUCACCCAAUAACUUUUACCGUAUUAGAUUCAAGCAUGUAUUAAAUUAAUAAUGUAAAUAGAGAAAUGAAUAUAAGUCGACAGGGAAAGAGAAAAAAGUUGAGAAAAAUUCGGAACAUAUUCAAUGAAAUGAGAGCGAGAAACAUCAAAACAUAGAGAAAGAAACAGCUUGUCAAUGCGGAUAAAUGAUGAUAAGGAUAAUGAGGAGAAAGAAUAUGCAUGCAAUGUAUACACAGGUAGUCCUCUGAUAAAAGAUAAAAUAAGCACAACGAGUAGGGCGAUCAAGUUGUAGAGGAGGAUAGAAAAACAACAAAUGAGAUAAAUACACAAAUAUAUGCGACCGCAACAAAAUAGAUAAUAACAGAAGUAAUGCAUAUAAUGGAUAUUUUGUGUAAAAUACACUCA